ACACCCAUUUUCUUAUUAACACCUAUUGUUGAAUGAACAUGUUUUCUUGUAGUGACAAUAAGUUUGAAGUGACAUCUCAAGUCCAAGAGUCCUUUGAGGAGCAAGGAUAUGUCAUAGUCAAGUCUUUAUUAAGUGAAGCUGAGCUGAGGAAGUUGCAAGCUAGUCUUGAGAGUGACAGUGAACUAUUGAAGCACUCUUAUGCUAGAGCUGAUGGGAGUGGAAGGGUAAGCAGAAUGGCCUUGUGGAAGCACCCUGGUAAGGAUAUUAGUGGAAUGAUUGCUAGAUCUGAGAAAGUAGCAGGUACAAUGGAAAAGCUAUUAGGUGGUGAAGUGUAUCACUAUCAUACUAAACUAAUGAUGAAGGAAGCACGUACUGGUGGUCAAUUUGUAUGGCACCAGGACUAUGGAUACUGGUACAGCAACACGUGUCUUUUUCCAGACAUGGGAACAGUUUUUAUUGCUAUCGAUAAAGCUGAUGUUGGAAACGGUUGCCUCAAAGUGCUCAAAGGAUCUCAUAAAGCUGGUAGAAUUGAUCACACAAAAGUAGCUGGUCAAAUUGGAGCUGAUUUGGAGAGAGUUGAGAUGUUAAAGACUAGAUUACCAUUGGUUGAAGUAGAGUUAGAGGCUGGUGAUGCAUUAUUCUUUCAUUGUAAUCUACUUCAUAAGUCAGACCAGAAUAACAGUGACAGGAGGAGAUGGGCUUUCCUCAUAGCUUACAACAGAGCAUCAAAUGACCCAAUAUUGCCUCAUCACUGUCCUCAAUACACUCCACUACUGAAGGUUGAUAAUUCUGAGAUACUGAAUUGUGAAUGCAACGAUCUCAGUGGAAAAGAAUUUGUUCAUCCAAGUGAUGAUAUAAGUCUUAAAGAUUAGUAUUAAACAUGACUUGUAUUUUGUAAUUAAAUUUUUACUUUGUAAAAUGAAACUUGAUCACCUUAAACCCA